AUGCAGCAAAGCUCAAACUCCACCGCAUCUACUGGGGGCGAGUCCCUCACCAGCCAGAGCUGGCCAGGCUCCUCCCCCGGGCUCCUCAUUGGCUGCGAUGGCGACCGUACUGCAAAUUCAGGCCAAGAAUGUGGGAUCGGUGCGACAAGUUGGAAUGGCAACGUCAGCUACUCAUGCAGAUAUCGGCAGAGGGCCGACUUUCCAAGACACCGGGCUGAGCUGUUGGCCCAGCACAGAAACGGACGCAAAGCCAGGUGGCCAUGGGCGCCUAGCCGGAAGUGCAUGGAGCGGGACCUGGUGCCACACCGGAAGGAAGGCGCCCUCACGCAGAGGCUGUCGGGAGAAGCCCAGGCGGCUAUCUGGCUGUGUGGUUCUCUUUGCGAGCUGCGAGGGCCCAGCACGGGAAGCUCUAGAGAGAUGAACUGGGUCGGGGGCUCACGGACCAGGGUUCUAAUAAAGCAAGAAAGAAGAAAGCAGAAGGAAUACUUUGAAAAGAAUAAGUUAAAAUCAAAAAUGAAAUCUCUAGGAGUUUGUCCACCUGUCAAGAACCCCACUGCCAGUUUAGACCUUCUUAAUCUGUACAUGGUAAAUCAGAUAGCGUCCAAGAAGAAAACACCUGAAACCAUGAAAAGACCAAUACAUGUGAAUAUGAAUAGAGACUUGAAAAUUCCACUAAGUAAGCAUGCAUUAGAACUUCCAAUGUCACCUCAUUGUGUACCUUCCAAACUGUGCAUCGAUGACAUGGGGACUAAGAAUAUGUGUUUACUGUUGUUGUCUGGAGAGAGUGCUCCUGCAGGUCAGCGAGUGGCAGAGAGGAAUAGAAAUGGGCUAGGAGAAAAGGCUGAGUGCGGAUAUGGGAAGAACCGAGAGAAUGCUGUCAAAGAUGGGGUCCCCAGAGAACUGAAGUUCAGUAAUGGAGAUUUUUCUGAUUCCUUAUUUUACAAAUUAAAUAAACAUCAAGAUAUUUUCAGUUCAUCUCAGAAAAGAGCAGAGUUUGGAGAAUCAUCUGAGAGAAUAAACGGUCCAGAAACUGGUGCUUUCCUUACUAAAAGGUCUGUGAUCAUGGAUGAAAAUUGUGGAAGCCUGUGUGAAAGAAGACAACCAGACUUGGCUAUGGAAAAAACAGCGGUGCAACAGAUUUGGAGGAAUGAUGGGAAAGCAUUCUCUAAUUUUUUAGAACAUGUGAUCCCGCCAACUCCGAGACAUCCAUCAUCCAAUCACGACAUGGACUCCUUUGUUAGUCCCAAUAUGAUCAAUUUACUAAGCAGAGAUCAGCCGGGGAGAAUGUCAGCCUUUCACAAGUGUGGCUCUGGUAGUUUGAGUGACUCCUGUGUAGAUUUUUCUGAUGAAAGCCAUUACGCUGGUGAGUUCAUUAACGGGGAUUUGACAGUUCCUCGGACAGCUUUUCAUAGUCCUCCACUUAGUACAAGUUACUUAGGAACAUGUCGGUCAACGAAGCCCUACCAGAAGGAAUACAGCGAUAGUGAAAUAAAUGAAUUUAGAAGCUCUUUUGAGAAAGAUUGUCACCUAACCAGCUGUGGAAGAAAAGAUCUGGAGUCUUCGCAGAGCAGCCAGUCUGCCAGCUACUCUCCACGACUGAUGGAGAGUACAUUCAGCUCGAGCUCUGAUUUGGUAUCUGAAGAUGAAGAUCAAAUCCAGCAGCAAAUUGAAGAUUCAAAUAAGAAAGACACAGAAACAGCUGAUAAUUUUUGUCAAGAAAAGGUGGUAGAUCAUUUAGGUGACAUAAUUGUGGAAGACAAUGUCAAAAUUCAUAAUUUUCACGAGUCUUCAUUGAAAAAUAAUACUGAUGCAUUUCCAGAGUCUCAGUGCAAUUCAGAACAUACCUCACAAAACAAAAUCAGUAAUAACUGUGUGCUUCAGGCUAGAAGAUGUGAUGUAGGGGUACAGACAGAGAAAGAGCCGGCUAUGGGGGAAACAGCUGAUGUUGCCAUACAGUGUACCAUAAUCUCCCAAUGUUCAUGUAAAAGUAGUCCCAUCAUUCCUGUAAAAGAGGUAACUUCCCUUCAUAAGGCUGGCAGCUGCAGUGAAGAUAUCGGGACAGAUACCACUGGAGGGCAGGAAACACUUACAGAUAACUCAUUCUAA